GCGGGCGCUGGCCGGGCCUCGCCAUGGGGGCGCCGCCGCUCAACGGCAGCCUCGGCCCCACCGAGACGCACCCGCGGCCCGGCGGUGGGGCAGCGGCGGGGCCGGGCGAGCGCGGCUGUGAGAACGGGGCCCUCAUGGACAGCUUCGGCAUCUUCCUGCAGGGGCUCCUGGGCGUCGUGGCCUUCAGCACCCUCAUGCUAAAACGCUUCAGAGAACCAAAGCAUGAAAGACGUCCUUGGAGAAUAUGGUUUUUAGAUACUUCCAAGCAAGCCAUAGGGAUGUUGUUCAUCCACUUUGCAAAUGUCUAUUUAUCAGACCUUACAGAAGAAGACCCUUGUUCACUGUACCUUAUCAACUUCUUGUUAGAUGCCACAUUAGGGAUGCUGUUAAUCUACGUUGGUAUACGUGCAGUCAGCAGCAUUGUGGAAUGGCAGCAGUGGGAGUCCCUUCGCUUUGGUGAAUAUGGUGACCCACUGCAGUGCAGUGCCUGGGUGGGGCAGUGUGCUCUGUACAUCAUGAUUAUGACGUUCGAGAAAACCAUCAUCAUUAUAGUGCUUCUGAUACCUCAGUGGAAGGAGGUAGCUUUAUUGAAUCCUAUAGAGAACCCCCAGUUGGAGUUGGCUAUCGUCAUGUUGAUAGUUCCCUUCUUUGUUAAUGCAUUAAUGUUCUGGGUAGUAGAUAAUUUUCUUAUGAAGAAAGGGAAGACAAAAGCUAAACUUGAAGAAAAGGAAGCAGGACAAGAUUCAAGAAAUGGAAGUAAAGUCCGAUAUAGGAGAGCAGCAUCACAUGAAGAGUCAGAGUCAGAAAUCCUCAUUUCAGCAGACGAUGAGAUGGAGGAAUCAGACGCUGAAGACGACCUGCGUAGACUGACCAACUUAAAGUCCAUUAAGAAAAAGAAGCAUCGUUUUGGUCUGCCUGCAGUGGCCCAGGAAUCUCCUGUCAAAAAGAAGCGUCCUCCAGUGAAGGAAGAAGAUCUCAAAGGAGCUAGAGGAAAUCUUUCCAAAAACCAGGAAAUUAAAUCUAAAACCUACCAAGUCAUGAAGCAGUGUGAACAAAUGGGCUCUGCAGCACCUUCCAUAUUCAGCCGAGACCGGACAGGAGGUGAAACAGUCUUUGAGAAACCUAAAGAUGAACCAGCCAAAAGUGUCUUUGGUUGACAGCUGAGCUGAAAGUGAUUGUUGAGAUGAUUGUUGUAACAUGUUUCCCAAUUUUCUACCCCUUACACUAACCUCACUGUAGACCUAAAUAGCUGAUUUUUACCUUAAGUCAUUAAAAAGUAAAUGGACUCAUGUCAAAGGGUACAACUUCCAUUUUUUUUUUUUUUUUUUAUUAAGUGCAUUCUUUGUGUUGAAUGGUGUUUGCUAUAAUGGUUUAAUUGAAAAAAUGGUUGUUGGACACUGCUUGGCAUACUGCAGUGACCAAUUUUAACUCAGAUCAAUUUUGUGGGCUUUUUGCCACCACUAGCUAUGAUCUAAAUGUCAAAAGCAAAGAAUAAAUAUUCAGAUGACACCA